AUGGGAGAUCCAAGUUCUGGGAAAACCGUAGUCAAGCUAGGGCCUAAGCAUUCCAAUUUUCAUCCUCGUCUUCCUCAAUUCAUGUCAAACACACGCGUGCCACGCACAAUAUCAAUUGCUCAGCGCAGAGAAUGCGCUCAUCGUAGUGCCCGUACAGAUUUGCUCCAUGGUGUCGCUGAUCUCUAUUUAAAUGCCUUGAACGACCGCGACGACCGGGAUCUGAUCGGGAGCAACGCGUCUUGUCUGAUCAAGAGUUCGGUCGAUGGUGUGUGCAAACAGGAGGUCAAUAGACGAUGUGGAUUCAUGGGCAACGGCGAUGCGCGGCGGUCCUCGCAGACGAGUUGGUGUUCUGAUCCUAAUAGAUUUCGUCAACAUCUCUGGGCGAUGAAAGGUGUCGAAGAAAAGAGCUGA